CGAGCGUUUCAAGAACCAAUCCGUCUUUUGUGCAGUUACGUAGACCGUUUCGUACCGUUAUGUACUCUCUCAGAACACUGUCGUCCCAAAGAGUUCGUCAGCGUCUAAGUCCUCCCGACGACUCCAUCUUGCCUUUAUUUCUCUGAUUGGACAAGGAGUAGGUGUUUAUGAGCUUCAUUAGUCUUCAUUAACUAUUCGUCGGCGACACUUUUUAGAGAGAGAGAGAGAGAGAGAGAGAGAGAGUUCAAGUGAAAGUUGGAACACCGCCCUUGCUCGUUUUGAACUUUGGGUGGCUCUUGGAGUUGUUGUAACCCCGUCGUUUCGGGUGAGUCAAUCGCUGGAGUGCUGGUGGAUCGAGGUGUAUGCAUCCCAUAAUUCCAUCCCAUCGCCAUGAUUCCUGACGUAUUUCUCAUUAUUCUAUUGCUCGUGAUCGGGCUUGCGUCCGCUACGGACAUCCCACGUGACCUCAAGGUCAACACCAAUGUUGGCGAGGUCUUAGGGAAGAGACUCACGACCGUUGCUGUCGGUGCUCCGAACAGACAGGUGGACGCUUUCCUGGGGAUUCCUUACGCCGAACCACCUGUGGAUGAUCUCCGAUUCAAAGCUCCCGUAGCCAAGCGACCGUUUGAUCACACAUUAAACGCCACAUACUAUGGCUACGGGUGCUUUCAUUUCCCCGAUGAGACUUUCCCCGGUUUCAGGGGAUCGGAGAUGUGGAACUCACCAGUUAGAUUAAGUGAGGACUGUUUAAAUUUGAAUGUGUGGACGCCUUACCCAAGGCCGCAGGCAGCCACUGUCAUGAUCUGGAUUUAUGGUGGUAGCUUUCUGUCCGGUGUUUCGUCAUUAGACGUGUACGAUGGUCAAUACCUAGCUGCUGAACAGAAUGUGGUGGUGGUGUCCAUGAACUACCGCUUGGGAGCUUUGGGAUUCUUAGCGAUGGGACAAGACAGUUCACCUGGGAACCAAGGUCUAAUGGACCAAACUCUGGCCAUGCGGUGGGUGCAGGAUAACAUCCACGAGUUUGGAGGCGACCCUAACCAAGUGACCAUCUUCGGAGAGAGCGCCGGUGCCGCCAGUGUAUCUCUACACUUGCUGUCCCCAAUCAGUCGCAAUCUUUUUCAACGAGCUAUCAUGCAGAGUUCUGCUGCCACGGCGCCUUGGGCCACCGUCGACCACGAUGAGGGGUUGAGGAGAGGCAAGCUCUUAGCGGAGAAAUUACAAUGCAGUGAAGGUAAUAAUGGCGUUGAGCUAACCAUUCCGCAGAUGGUAGACUGUAUUAGAACAAGGGAGGUCACCCAAAUCCUCUUGAAGCAGUUUGAAAUCACAGAUGGCUUCUGCGAGUUCCCUUUCCCACCGGUCGUAGAUGGCACAUUUAUAACAGAAACCCCACGGACAUCGCUAGAAAGGCGAUCCUUUAAGGACGGAGAAAUCAUGUUGGGUAGCAAUUUAAACGAGGCAUACUUCUUCAUCAUAUAUGAAGUACCAGGCUUCGACAAGGACAGCGAGAGCUUGCUCAACAGAGAUCAGUUUUACGACGCUCUGCAGUACUCCUUUCCGAGGGUCAACAGCUUUGGUCAAGAUGCCAUCGCUUUCCAAUAUACCGAGUGGCUGGCUCCUCACGAUCCCGUUAAACUGCGAGACGGUGUGGACUUCGCUGCCGGUGAUUACCUCUUCGCGUGCUCCACCUACGACUUCGCCUACUCCUAUGCCUCCGCUAACAACAAGGUUUAUUACUACAGAUUCCUCGAGAGGGACUCCACAAGCCCCUGGCCAGAUUGGAUGGGGGUUCUUCACGGUGAUGAGAUUCUUUAUAUCUUUGGAAUGCCUCUGAUCGCAGAGCGGAAUUACACCGAUAUCGAAGUGGCGCUUAGUCGAAAAAUGAUGACCUACUGGGCCAAUUUUGCCAAAACUGGAAACCCAAACAAGAUGACGGAUAGCGAUCCGGAUUCCGGUGAAUGGCCCGAGUACACGACUAAUAAGCAAAAGUAUCUGGAACUGACUGAAGACCUGGCGAACAACAAUCCUUCGGUGGGCAGAGGACCCAAGGCUGACAAAUGCGCAUUCUGGAGAGACUAUUUACCAACGUUACAAACACAAACAGGAGAUAUCAAAGAGACGGAAAUAAAGUGGAAAGAAGAGUUCAGUAAAUGGUACACAAAACACAUGGUGAAUUGGAAGGCAGAGUUUGCACACUACAUCAAUAACAAGGAUGCACAAUGUGAUGGGCGGUGAAUGAAGUCCCCCCUUUCGGACAUUGUCAAUCACCUGAACUCUAUCAAUGUUAUCUCUUUCCUAUAUAUGCCAAACAGAAAUUCGUCCAGUGUGAUAUCAAAUCGAGGUAAGAUCGCGGUGAAUCCAAGCGUUGAUCAUGAAAAAAAGAAACGAACUUACCCGGAUUGCACGUGGCAAGGCAUCGUCUUGCUGUCCAAUCUCCAUGUCAAGCACAUGACCAAGACGACAAGAGACCAUUGGACGCCUACAAUGCUCACUAUCGAUCACGAUAUUUCUGAACGAUACACCGCUUCUCGCAAUGACGGAGAUAUGUGGGUUUGUGAGCAUUCUCCGUUUUAGCGCUAAGAUCUUGGCUGGUAAAGAUUUCUGUGACUGUGAGUGCAGGUGGAUCCAUUUGUUGAUUCCCAAGUUUCGAACUUUGACAUUCUUCUUUCUUCCCUUUCAUUUAAUCCAAUGGUUAUGGGUUGACAACAAUUACAGACAUUUUCGUUUCAGAAAUGGUAUUGGCCGUUAAGUAAUGAAUCCCUCAAUUUCUUCAAACUUAUUUACGUAUCAUUAAUUCACGAACGGUUCAUCAUAAAUGCUGGGGAUAAAAAACACUAAUUUCCAGUCAUGCCAAUUAGAAUAUUUCACGAAUAGGGGCAAAAAGCUAUAGGUAGACCAAUGGAGAGAGUCUGGGUGGGCCUCGUUCUUAUCCACCCAUUUAUACGCUACCGAAUUUAGUGUUAGCUGGUUUCAACGAGACUUUGACGAUUUCUCGUUAGUAUUUUUUGGAUUUCAGCCGAGCGCCCUCUCCACUUACGUCUUCGACUUUCAGAUUUUCAUGUCAACCAACCAAUGUCAUUCUCCUGAGCAUGUGCGAGAAGAAAAACGAUGAAAACUGUGUUUCAACGAGAUCGAAGGAUGGAGGAGCAAAAUGUAUUCGAUAUUCAUACUCUUAUGAUUUCUUUGUACAAAUGGAUGUGAUAUUUUGAGCUGCAUUAGAGGGUCCUGCCUCACCAUGCCAAGUUGUUAGCAAUAAGGAAGUUUUACACUCGGCUCUUAGGUAUGAUAUAUGUUCACGUAACCAAAAUAAUGAUCAAGGUUUUUUUCCUCUUUCAUAAUAUUGACAAAAAAUUAUUGUGAAACAUGAGUUAGGCCUACUAUCUAUUCUGACAAAAAAGUAUGAUAGAAACAUUUGAUUAAUCCCAAAUUUUGUUGGGGUUUUCGUGGAGUGGGAAAGGAAGAAAUGGGUCAUCAUUAUGUCGAAUAUUAAAUUCCAUGCCAUAGUCUGUUUAUGCAGGAGUGUUAUUCAGGACAGUCAAACAAUGACGGGGGGGGGGGGGGGUAGGAGGUACUCCUGUUCCCUCAAUUUAGCCCCCAACCUGCUGCUUCGCUGGGCAUGCAAGUAGACAUGGAUUUUUAACCAGGGUGUUUUAGGGUGACUGUUCAUUUUCAGUUACUCAUUACUUUUAUUGGAUAUUAACAUGAAGGGAAAAUAUGAUGAUCAUCGCAUAUAAUGUAUGAAUAUGGAACAAAUAAACAUUAUUGUAAUAAGAAUCGGGUGAUGAAAACGUUUAUACAUGGACAAUAAAUUAGAUUGCUAUGUCAAGCAUUGCUCAUUUUGGGUCGAUAGAGAACGUAGCGCACGAAGCGUGACGUAUGACUGCGUCAGCGACUGGCGCGGCCUUUGACGCGCCCUUUGACGCGCCCUUUGACGCACCAUGUCAGAGAGAUGCCAUACAGAAAGUGAGUGAGAAAUAAACAGAGAAAGCAUCGCUUUAAAUGAGUAGUUUAUGCACUAAUUGUCUCCACAGGCUUGAAUAGCGCAGGUAUGGACGCAGCCUCGAAAUGACGCUUCGUGUGCUUUUGAAUAAAGGUACAAACAUGGGAACGGGAUUAAAUUUAUACCCUUUUUGUUGUUAAGUGUCUGAAUGAAAGUGGAAUAAUGGGUCUUUUGCUUCCUUUUGACCUCUAAGUUGAUAUAUCAAUACUUUUCAUAAAAGUUAUCACAUGUUGAUAGUUUUACUUGUGAUGUAUACGUUACAGCAAUAAUUCUUUGAUACCUUUUACUAUUAUUCUUAUUAUCGAAUUGCUAAAUUUUGCAAUUGAAUCUGUCUUGAAGACGAGUAUAUAGCGUGCAAAACGAAAGGUGUUUGGGUACGGUUUGUAUGGGAAAAUAAAUUAAUUGCUUUGUUUAUAUAAAUCAUUUCUUGAUAUCGUAUUUUUUUUUUUUUACUUGAGUGUAACCAUAUACUUCGAACAGUUUAACAGUGCAGAUGUUCUCAUUAUUGCUGUCGUUUUAUAUCAUGAUUAUAUAUAAAGAACAGUUUACAAAGUUAUGAAUAUUUUGGUGUUGUGUCUGAUCUGAUGAUGUUUAUUAUUAUUGUUGUUUACUUAAUCAUAAGAAGGUUAUUUCUUUGAUACAACGAACGGUAUAGAGAUCUCUUCUUUAGGAAUGCAUUUUAGAACAAACGGAACGCUGGUUAGGAGUCUAAGAAUAGCAUUGGCAAAUUAUAUAGCGCCAUAAGGGGGGGGGGGGGGGGGGGGGGGUCGGUGCCUAGGUAAAUAGAUUGGAAAGCAAAGAAUUAAUGCCCAUCGACAAUUCUUUAUUCUUCUACUUGGAGCACUAUUUGGUCUUUCAUUUUACUCCAGCAUCCAAAGCGAAAUAUGUCCGAAAUUAACGACAGAAAAUGCUGUUUAUCCAUCAACUUAUAAAAAUAGAAAAAAAUAUGUUAACGCAAGAUCUACAAAGACUAAGGUCGACUUAAAGUUGGACUUAUAUAUGGCAACAAAUAUUAUCUAAAGAUCAUAAUGGUGAGAGCAAACAGAGGUAUGAACGGCCUGCCAUAUUUAAGUCAAACUGAAAGUCGAUCUUAGUCUUUGUGAAACACUCCCCUGGUGUUAUAUUAUAACCAUGCUCUGUUUACUCUCAUUCGUAGGAAAUUUUUUAGAUAAAGAAACAUUUAUAUGUGUAUACACUAGGAGAGUGGACCUUCGUUUAGCACGCAGUUGGUUCAGAUUGCUCAGGAUGUGUUUCAAAGCAUUACUCCUAUUUUUUUCUCAAUAAACAAAAGUUUUGUUAUCCAUUUUUAGAGAGCUAUUGCAAAUCAGAGUACAGAAUGUUACUUAAGACAUGUGGUUAUCAUGUUUCUUGUUAAUUGUUUAAAACACAUCAAAUAGGUAUAUGACAGACUAUAUGAACCGAUUGAUUACAUUUUUGAUGAAUAACAUCAUUUGUUCCCUUCCAAACGAAAGGAGGAACAAAAUUUUAAACAAGACUUAGAAAAAAGGGAUAUUAAGAAGAUGAUCGUAGUGGUUUGGAGGAGAGGAGAGGAAAAGGAAAUUUAAACAAAAAUGAUAAAAAUCAACUUUAUUUUCUUAUCUUUAAAUUAUCAUAUAUCUUCGAUGAUAAAUCUUUGAUGUACUAGUCAUGUAUAUUGUAUUGACAAUUGAAUAAUGCAAAGGAGGAAAGCUUAAGUGCAUUCAAAUAAUUUUUGAAGGAAUUUUAGAAUUAAAAAAAAAAUUCUUUGUUUAAAUCGUGAAACUUUUUUCGCUUAAACCAGCUUCAUCAUGCUUUGAUGAAAAUACUAUUUGUUGGUCUAGAAACGAAACAAAUCAAAACAAAGCAUCUGAUUCCUUUCUAUUUGAAUACCAAAUAAUUUGUAUAUAGUUUGGGCCAGGAGAGAAAAUCUAACAUCUUUCGAAUCGUACAGGCUUUUAAAAAUUCAGUUUCAAUUUUUAAUCCGUAAAAGGCCUAAAUAUAUAUAUAUAUAUAUGCAAGUCUGAUUUGAAGUAAGAUUGUGUGCCUGUUAUGGCACGUUUAUCACAGCUGCUUUAUUUUAGAGAAAUCAUAUUGGUUGGAAAAUAAGUAUAGGCUACUAGCAGAAAAGUUUAUGAGGGGAGUCUCAGAGAAUCUAUCUGUAUAAACCAUGGUAACGGUAUUGCCAAUGUUUGGCAGUACUGCAUGAUAUGCAGCUUGUACCAAUACGGGAUGGAUGUAUUUACGAAACGAGAGUGGUGUCAUCAUAUUUCUAUAUACUAUUUUUCAUUCAGAUUUGAAUAUUUAUACUUAUAAUGCUUGAAUAUAUGAAUAUUUAUGAACGUCAUUACCAUAUUUUCCAUGUAACUUUGGAUAUACAUACAUAACGUGUAGAGUACCUCAAAAGUUGAUUAUAUUUUAACGUCUGGAAAGUUGUGUAUUCACGUCUUAUUAUCAUGUCAAUUUUAUAGUGGAAACCACGUGACUUGUUUUACUGGAUUGUGAUAAACGUUAACAAUUUGCUACGAAUGAAAAGUGUGAUUUUAUACGAAAAUUUACGUGUGUUUAUAAUGACUCUAUAUAGAUAUAUAUAUAUAUAACUAUAACUUAAGUAGUUAGAUUGUGGUGUUUAGUGGAACUUGACAAAUCAUACUUACAUCAAUGUAUUACAGUUUGUCGUAGACACGGAGUGGUAUAGAAUUACGGUGUUAAUAAACGUCCGAACUGUAUA